ACCUGUCUGCUGUCCACGUGUCUGCUGUCCACGUGUCUGCUGUCCACCUGUCUCCAUGCGCGCUCCCGUGUGUGUCGCGCUGCUGGUUUUGCUGCUGAACGAUGCAGAAAAUCAUCAGUUCAGUGAAGAGGAGAUGACUGAUGUCAGGCAGCGCAUCAAAGACAUGUUCUACCACGCCUACAACAGUUACCUGGACAACGCCUUCCCCUACGAUGAGCUCCGCCCACUCACCUGUGACGGACAGGACACCUGGGGCAGUUUCUCGCUCACCCUGAUCGACGCUCUCGACACUCUGCUGGUUUUGGGAAACCACACAGAGUUCCAGCGCGUGGCGACGCUCCUCCAAGACACCAUGAACUUUGACAUCGACGUCAACGCGUCCGUGUUUGAAACCAACAUCAGAGUGGUAGGUGGCCUGCUGUCAGCUCACCUGUUGGCAGGGAGGGCAGGGAUGGAGCUGGAGCCUGAUUGGCCGUGUUCAGGACCGCUGCUGAGGAUGGCCGAGGACGCUGCUAGGAAACUGCUGCCAGCGUUCCAGACUCCCAGCGGAAUGCCGUACGGUACGGUCAACCUGCUGCAUGGCGUCAGCCCCACUGAGACUCCCGUCACCUGCACCGCCGGCGUGGGAACCUUCAUCCUGGAGUUCGCCACGCUGAGUCGGCUAACUGGAGAUGCAACGUUUGAGAAGGCGGCUCGCCGAGCCCUGAGGGCCCUGUGGAAGACCAGAUCAGACAUCGGACUGGUGGGGAACCACAUUGACAUCCUCUCUAAGAAGUGGGUGGCCCAGGAUGCCGGUAUCGGAGCGGGCGUGGACUCCUACUUUGAGUAUCUGGUGAAAGGAGCCAUCAUGCUGCAGGACGAGGAGCUGCUCAACAUGUUCCAGGAUUAUGAUCGAGCCAUUCAGAACUACACCCGCUUUGAUGACUGGUACCUGUGGGUGCAGAUGCAUAAAGGAACCGUCUCCAUGCCGGUUUUCCAGUCGCUGGAGGCCUUCUGGCCCGGCCUGCAGGUACAUAGAGUAUUCAGGUCAUUAACUGCCUCUACUUAUAUGACAUCAUUAGAUUAUUAAUAUUAUUACUCAGUGUGGAGGCAGUUUGGAGGUCUGCCAGAGUUUUACAGCAUCCCUCAGGGUUACACUGUGGACAAGAGAGAGGGAUACCCACUCAGACCAGAGUUAAUAGAAAGCGCCAUGUACCUGUUCAGGGCGACAGGUGACCACAUCUACCUGCAGCUAGGCCUCGACGCCCUGGAGUCCAUAGAGAGGAUCGCAAAGACUCCCUGCGGAUACGCCAGUGUUAAAGACCUGCGAGAUCACCAGCUUGACAACAGGAUGGAGUCCUUCUUUCUGGCUGAAACCGUCAAGUACCUUUACCUGCUUUUUGACCCCACCCACUUCCUGCAUGGCGGGGGUGCGGAGGGGGACGGGUCCUGGGAGGAGGGCGGCGAGGGAGGACAGUGUGUUUUAGGGGCGGGGGGGUUCAUCUUCAACACGGAGGCUCACCCUCUGGACCCAGCAGCGCUUUACUGCUGCAGCCGUCACGCUGAGGACCGACAGGAGCUCCGCCACAUCCUGCUGAGCCUGUCACAGCCUCUGGAAAAGCCAGCCAGUCAGUCAAAACCGCCCACAACACAGACCCAAGACCCUCUGAGGGGCCAAUCAGACAGCAUUGCUCUGAAACCGGGCGAGAAGAAGACUGCCCCCCUGCUGUCCUGUCCUGUUCAGCCAUUCAGUGCUCGACUCUCCAUCCUGGGACAAGUUUUCACUGAUAACACCUGAAGCCUGAGCUCAACUCGCAGGUCUGAUCUCACUUCCUGUUGCUAAAACUCUGACAUGGUGGGUACCUUCCUAAGGUCUGGCGUCAUGGUGACCGGCAACCUGGAUAAGAACUAAUCACAAUUGGACUCAUGACGUUUAGACAUGACAGCAGCACACAUGAUCCAACCUGAAGGCAGUUUAAGUUGAAUUUGGGGGUCUGAUCUUUGUGCUGUGUUUACUCUACUGCUCUAUUCAAU